CGCAGAUGAUGUUUACAGCGGCGAGCAGACGUCUCAGCGCCCGUGUUUACAGAGAGAGCUGGACCGUCAGCACUAGCAAUUUGUGCAGCAGGUUGCCUGGAGCCGAAGUUUCGACAGAAUCAAUCACUAGGUUCAAUUGGGAAACUCUCGUACCCGUCUAUUCCUCUGAACUUUAAUCAAGACCAGAGAAAACAUGCUCCCCGAAGGAACCCAAGGCAAACCCAUCCAAUGCCGGGCCGCUGUCGCAUGGGCUGCGAAAGAGCUUUUGAAGAUUGAAACCGUCACCGUGGAGCCUCCGAGAGCGCAUGAAGUUCGCAUCAAAAUUUGCUACACCGGAGUCUGCCAUACCGAUGCUUACACUCUCGGAGGACACGAUCCGGAGGGAGUAUUCCCUUCGAUUCUCGGUCACGAAGGCAGUGGCAUUGUGGAAUCCGUCGGACCAGACGUCACCGGUUUCAAGCGGGGGGACCAUGUCAUCCCUCUGUAUAUCCCUCAGUGCAAGGAUUGCAAGUUUUGCGCCUCACCGAAAACCAAUCUGUGCUCGAAGAUCCGCGCGACGCAGGGAGCUGGUUUGAUGCCUGACGGCACAUCCCGCUUCUCGUGUAAUGGGAAGACCGUCUAUCACUUCAUGGGAACUUCUACGUUCAGCGAGUACACGGUCGUCGCGGACAUUUCUCUCUGUCGUGUUCAUGACAAGGCUCCUCUACAAAAAGUCUGUCUGCUCGGCUGUGGAAUUUCGACCGGUUACGGUGCUGCCCUGAACGCCGCGGACGUCGAGGAGGGUUCGAACUGCGCCGUUUUCGGCCUCGGGGCUGUUGGACUAGCGGCAAUCAUGGGCUGCAAGGAACGCAAAGCCAAGCGCAUCAUCGCCGUCGACAUUAAUCCAGCGAAAUGGGAAAAAGCCAAACAGCUCGGAGCGACCGAGUUUGUUAACCCGAAUGACGAUGACAGGCCCAUACAGGAGGUCCUGAUCGGUAUGACCGAUGGCGGCCUCGACUAUACGUUCGAGUGCAUCGGUAACGUGAACACAAUGAGAGCUGCCCUCGAGGCCUGUCACAAGGGCUGGGGACAGAGCGUUAUUUUGGGGGUCGCAGCCUCGGGCCAGGAGAUCUCGACGAGGCCGUUCCAAUUGGUGACUGGUCGUGUGUGGAAAGGAUGUGCCUUCGGUGGAUGGAAAUCCGUGGAUGAGGUGCCUAAACUCGUCGAUAAGCACUCUGUCGGAGAAUUAGAGCUCGACUUGUUCAUCAGCGGCGAAAUGCCCCUAGAUAAGGUCAAUGACGCCUUUGACGCAAUGCAGCGCGGAGAAGCUAUCCGGACGGUGCUCAAAAUGGAAUGAGGCAGAAACUGACAACCGGAUUCGCCCGAUCACUCCAAGACGGCCUCUUCAGGGAGGGAGGAAUCACCGUUAUUUUCGCCAUUAUUCUGAAAAUGACUCUUAUGUAACGUCGAAUAAAAGAAGACAGCUCAAAGAACGCAUAA